AUGACUACAAUAUUGUUGGUCUUCGGGAACAGAUGUCUAGGCCGCGCAAUCAAAAACGGGAAGGAAGAUGUGUAUUGUUCCUAUGAGAAUCACCAAUACUACAAAGAACAGAUCCAUGGGUGCAUGUAUUGUGAUCGAUGUUGGUCAGGAGAUGAACCAGUCCUACAGGGAGCAGACUACGGUAUAGGUCUACAUGGAGCCACCAAAUGUCCCAGAUGUCAGAGCUGUUCCGAGGGUACUUACAACCCUGACGGAGAUCGACACUGGGAAUGUCUUCCGUGUACGGUGUGCUCCGAUUCAGGCAUGUACGAAGCACAAGCCUGUACGACAACACAAGAUACAAUAUGUACAAGUGUUGUCACUGAAAGAGCCUUAGAUAUGAUUAAUAUGGUAUCUCCGUCUCCGAAUCCUCAGGAAAUGUUUCAAGCACAGAAAGAUGAAGGUAAAGAUCUGCACAACGAGAAUGGGACCAACAUUUUGUAUGCUUCAUUGUUGAUUGUGGUUAUAGUUGUGGUGAUGGGCAUUAUUAUCAUGUAUAUUCAGAGAAGAAGACAACUUCGGAAUUCAUACGCGAUUCAGAAUGAUGGGGGAAACCGUACAUUAAGGACAAUCACAGUUGAACAAAAUUAUCCUGAGCAACACCAAACUGACUCGGAUAGUGAGGAGAGUAGACUAUUAGGGACAGUUGCAGUUGAACAAGAGCAGCAACAGGUGGACUCUUCUUCUGACUCGGACAAAGAGGGAGUUUCAGAUGACACAGAAGACUACGUGGGUAGUUUGCAAGAUAUAGAUAACAAUGAGAGGGCACCACUGGUUCCAAGGCGACAACGAAUGAAAUCUUGUGGGGACUAUCAAAGUAUCAGUUCUCAAUAUGACAAUAAAGCUGGGAGAGAUGGAGGAGCAGUAUCUAGGCGAAUGACUCAAAGAUUACAACGACAAGUGUCUCAUCCGGUUACGGUCACAGAGGUUGGAUUAACAGAGCGACAGCUGGACAACAAACGUCCAAAACUAAAAUGUGUACAGUUUCUAGCAAAGCUCCUUGCACCAAACGAAAACUAUAAGAAGUUUGCUAAGAAAAUGGGUCUUGAGAUCCACAAUAUAAAACUUUUAGAAGAGGAUCAAGAACAGGUUCCGCGUAAUGCUGAAGAUGUAUCAUAUGAAUUUAUAUCUAAAUGCCUUCAGUGUCAGCCAAAGCUCAGCUAUCAUGACAUCUACAGCGCCCUGACAAGCCUUGAGCUACACGAGGAACUUGAGAUUCUCAAGGAGAAGCGACGAAGGGAUCGGGUAUAG